AUGUUAGGUGUUCCUUUCUAUGUCACUAGACGUCUUGGAUUGGGCUUGUACAGUUUUGUCUUUUUGUUCGCAUUGUUAGCAAUUCCGAUUCUUAUGGCUUGGUGGACUGUUUUGUCAACCUAUUCCCCAAGGCUCAAUGAAAAAGUCAAGCUGCCGAACAUGGGUGUCCAGUACUACCUUGAAUUCCAUGAUGAUCAAUUGAAGAGCAAGUACAAGGAUCAGCACAAAAUUCCAAUGGAGACUUUCCACAACCUUUACUUUGAAGGAAAAGUGUCAUUCAAGGGUGACGCUUUGGACGUCAUGGAAUACAGGCACGAUUGGGCUUCGUUCAGGUUCACCUUGAGCUUGUUCAAGUUUUUCUUGUUUGGCAUGAUUCCAGAAGUCAUCAUGCAUACUAAGUCCCAGGACGAGGAACAAGUGAGAGAUCACUACGACAGGGGUGAUGACUUCUACUCCUGGUUCUUGGGCCCAAGAAUGAUUUACACCUCUGGUAUCAUCACAGAUAUUGAAAGAAAUGAAACUCUUGAGGAACUUCAAGACAACAAGCUGAAAAUCGUUUGUGAGAAGAUUGGUUUGAAAAAAGGUGACAAGAUGCUUGAUCUCGGAUGUGGAUGGGGUACGCUUGCUUGUUUUGCUUCCUCUCAAUACGGAGCAGAGGUUACCGGUGUCACGUUGGGCAAGAACCAAACCAAAUACGGUAAUGAGAAGCUAGCUUCUUACGGUAUAUCUUCUGACCAAUCCCACAUUGUCUGCUGUGAUUAUAGAGAUUCACCAAUGCCCAAAGAGGAGGGCAAGAAGUACGACAAGAUCACUUGCUUGGAAAUGGCGGAACACGUUGGCGUCCGAAAGUUCUCCUCGUUCUUGCGUCAAGUUUAUGAUAUGCUGGAUGACGAUGGUGUCUUCUUCUUGCAGUAUGCAGGAUUGAGAAAAUCAUGGCAGUACGAAGACUUGAUAUGGGGCUUGUUCAUGAACAAGUACAUUUUUCCUGGUGCGGACGCUUCAACUCCUCUAGAUUUUGUGAUAUCUGCUUUGGAAGGAACUGGGUUUGAAACGGUUAGUGUUGACAACAUUGGUGUUCAUUACUCUGCUACAUUGUACAGAUGGUACAAAAACUGGCUGGCCCACAGAGAGGAAGUGAUCUCAAAAUACGGUAUCAAAUGGUACAGAAUUUGGGAGUACUUCCUUUCUUACUCCACAAUUAUCGCCAGACAAGGUUCUGCUACCUGUUACCAGAUUGUGCUCAGGAAGAAUCUCAAUUCCUACCACAGAAUUGAAGAUGUUCCUCGACAAAAGGGUCUGCUUGCUCCAGCAUCCGGACUCGAAAAAUGGGCCAAAGAGUUUACUCUCGGAUUAUAG